CAGCACCAGCACAACACCAAGCUUCCCCUCAUCACCAACUCCUUCAUCUCCCGUCCUCUCCUCUCUCUUCUCCACCUCCUCUCCCUCUCCAAACCCCCAUCGACGUCGGCGUAGGGUGUGGGAGUUGGAGUUGGAGGCAUUCGUGAAGACUCUGUGGCGACUUCUCCAGAUCGGUAGAUCCGUCUUUCUGGGUCGUAUCUUUAGGCGAUUUGGAGCAAGCCCCAAAUAGUAUCCUUGCAGAAAGAACCGCUUUUGCGCCGCUGCUGCCUUUGCAUUUAUUCUUUGGCCUCUUUGGAGAUCGCCCUCGUCAAGAUUUGGUGGAAACCCAAUUCGCUGCGAUUCCUUGUGGAAAGGCGCCGCUUUGGUUCCUGUUUCCCCACAGCUCCCAACUCUAUAUAUCUCCAUCUCUUGUUCAACUACUUGCCUAACUUUCUUUUACUUCGAUCCACCAGUUGUGCCUUCCCCGUCUCGGCAUUAGAUCGUUUCUUGAUUUGACGCAAGCCAGAUCAAUCUCUGCUCGCUUCUUUUCCUGGGAGUUGUUGCGGUUGUUCCUGUUCUUAGUCGGAGACAUGGCGGCGGCGAACGGAGGUGCUGGAUCGGUGCUGUUCAGUGAGGAGGAGCUGCGGGAGGUGAGCGGGUUGCGCCGGGGGGAGGACUUCGUGGAGAUGACGUGCGGAUGCACCAGCCAUCGCUACGGCGACGCCGUCGGCCGCCUCCGCGUCUACGCCUCCGGCGAACUGGAGAUCAACUGCGAAUGCACGCCCGGCUGCCGCGAAGAUAAGUUGACACCUUCUGCCUUUGAGAAGCACUCUGGAAGGGAGACUGCAGGAAAGUGGAGGAACACUGUUUGGGUCAUGGUUCAGGGAGAAAAGGUUCCAUUGUCAAAGACAGCUCUUCUCAAGUACUACUACGUGGCGCACAAAUCCACCACUAGUUCUCACAAAGGUCGUAAUGGACGGCCAUCGCACCGUGAUGAGUUCAUCCGCUGUGCAAGAUGUGGCAAGGAGAGGAGAUUUCGGCUCCGGACCAAAGAAGAGUGCCGUAUUUACCAUGAUGCUCUUGCUAAAGUUAGUUGGACAUGUGCGGAUUUGACAACUGACAGGGUCACCUGUGACGACGAGGAGGAGCGAGGAAGCCGCAAGGUGCUGAGGGGCUGCUCCCGCGUCACAUCCUGCACCGGCUGCAUGAAGUGCGUGUGCUUCGGGUGCGAGACCUGCCGCUUCAAGGACUGCAACUGCCAGACCUGCAUCGAUUUCUACCGCAACUCAAAGGAAUAGGAGGAUCUAACACCAUUCGUUCACACCAAAAAUGGCCUCCGCCGAGGUUGUCAUCCUCGGCAAACCGGAGGCUCUAGCUCCUAGUUCUUCACCCAGGUCGAUGCCCCUACCAUCAUUGGGGCAGACCGCUAUCUUUCUCUUAUGUCCGUCCCAUGGCUGUGGCAUCCGUAGACUAGCAGGGGAAGCCAGGCAAUUUUGCUAUAUACAAUUCACCAACAGUUCCAUUCAAAUGCGUUUUACUUGCAUCUUUGAAGAUCA